AUGACACAAAACGGCACCUCAGUGCCAGGACCACAACCACCAAGUAAAGCCAGCGCUGCAGAGCCCAAGCUCAACAACGAAAUGGAGAUGGGUAGCAUGCCCGGAGGCAAGCCGGUCGAGAAUGACAUAAUGCAGCUCGCGCGGAUAGGCGACAUCCCGGCAAUGGAGAAGUUGUUUGAGACGGGCGAGUACGAUGCGACAUAUUCCGACGACGAAGGCAUCACGCCGUUGCAUUGGGCAGCAAUCAACAACCAAUACGCCAUGUGCAAGUUCUUGAUAGAAAAGGGUGCGCCAAUAAACAAGAAAGGCGGCGAUUCGGUGGCGACGCCGCUGCAGUGGGCCGCUCAACGUUGCCAUUACUAUACCGUACACCUUCUUCUCCAGCACGGCGCCGAUCCGCUCGCUACCGACGCGCAAGGCUAUAACACACUACACAUUAGCACCUUCAACGGCAACGUCCUGCUACUCGUGCUGCUUCUGCAUCAGGGAAUCCCGGUCGAUGUCGCCGACUCUUACGGCCACACGGGCCUCAUGUGGUCCGCCUACAAGGGCUUUCCUGCCUGUGUGGACGUCUUCCUCCGAUGGGGCGCCUCAGUCCACGCUCGCGACGAACAGGGCUUCACGGCCUUGCACUGGGCCCUCGUGAAGGGCAGCCCUGGGUGCGUGCAGAAGAUUGUCGAGUACGGCGCCGACCGGUUUGCGAAGACCGAGACGGGCAAGACCCCAGCCUUGACGGCCCAGGAGCUCAACACGACGGUGGCCUGGCGGCGCGCCCUGCGCGAGUGCGGAUAUGAUGAGGACGGAAACGCCAUCACACCCCAGUGGCCUGGCGCCUCAUACCUCCUAAAGGACAAGAAGGGCUUCGUGAACAAAUUCCUGUUCCUGUGGCCUUUCCUGCUCGUCUGGAUGAUGUUCCACAUCCUGGCGGCAAUGCCCAUAUAUCUUGCUAUAAUCGUUGGAGCGGUCGUGGUCUUUGCGGUUCAAUGGGUCGCGCAGAACGUACUGCAACAUGCGCCAUCUGAAAUGCGGUCAUUUCAACGAACACCGUGGUUGGCAGGUAUAUUUGCUGCGUCCCUCUUUUGGACAUGUUGGAACUGGCUGUUCACACUCAUGCCGUCCACAACGCUUUAUGCUGCUCCUGGGCAAACAAUGUAUUUCCUCAACUUCAUGUUUCUCGUUUUUGCAUCCUUGACCGCGUUCUUCUAUACCUCGUGUAUGAUGGACGACCCGGGAUUCGUGCCCAAGAUGAACGGCAUUGCGGAGCAAAAGGCCGUCAUCGAUGAGCUCAUUGGGCUCUGGAAGUUUGACGAGGCCAACUUUUGCGUUACGUGCAUGAUCAGGACGCCUCUGAGAAGCAAGCACUGCAGGAGGUGUCAGCGCUGUGUGGCCAAGCAUGACCACCAUUGCCCUUGGGUUUACAACUGUAUCGGCAACAACAACCAUCGCCAGUUCUUUCUGUACUUGAUAACGAUGUCCUGUGCUAUCAUUACGUUUGACUUUAUCUUGUAUCAAUAUCUCACAACCGUCUCAAAGAACGCAUCCGACCAAUGCAACAUCUUGGCGCCAUCCUUAUGCAAAGUGAUCAACGCAGACGCAUUCACACUCAUCGUCGGCAUCUGGGCUACUUUGCAGCUGACGUGGGUGAGCAUGCUCAUGUUUGUGCAGUUCCUCCAGGUCUCGCGCGCCAUGACAACGUACGAGAACAUGUUUGGCAUCGACCACCGCAGCAGCGGCGUGGCAGCCCUCAACUCGGCAUUUACGUCCACGGGGGCUCCUCUGGACCCUACCACCGGAGUGCCUCCCAGCGGCAGCACCGGAGCGGCCGCCGCAGGAGCGGAAGGCGGCCACGGCCACGGCCACGGUCACAAGCACAAGCAUGGCGGCUGCCUCAAGCAGUGGGGACGCAUGCUUGGCGUGGACGCUUUCAUCGAGACGGCAACGGGCCGCGGCGCGGCAGCCGGUGGUGACAACAAGAAGAAGCGGCGCAAAAACCCUUACUCGCGCGGUUGUGCCACCAACUGCCGGGACUUUUGGUGCGAUCCGGCGCCGGUCUUUGGGCGCCGCGAGACGGGUGCGGGUAUGCUGGGCGGACAAGUAGUCAACUGGACCCAAGUAUACGAAAGCCCCGCGGCGAUGCCAUCGACAGUCGGGGGCAGAAGGAGAGGUGGCUACGAGGCGGUCGCCGGUGAGGAGGUGUGA